AUCACCGGUGGGCCCAACUGCGCAUGCGCUAGACGUAAAACGCCACUUCUGAGCAUGCGCGGAUGUUAAGCGCGUCCAGGACCAGCUGACAUUCUGCCAUGAUUCUGCCCUCCAGAGAAGGCCUGUCUGACUGCUAAAGUAACUUCUGAAUGACACGCCAGACAAAAGGGUUUGCAAAGCCCCCCCCCCUCGUCAUACCUCGGACAGUUUGACAGCAGAUGACCAUUGACCCUCCGCAGACAUGUUCCCUGCAGUACUUGUGAGGACUUGUGAGGAGGAAAAAAAUCUACAAUUCAAGAUUUUUCAUCAGAAACCUCAGAGGCAACAUGCAACAUCUUUUAAGAGCUGUGGUUAAAGGAAAUGUCACCGGAAAGAUACCUGGAGGGGCCAUGUAUAUGGAAGAGGGAAGUCAUGGUCCCCUCACUGCACUGGAUCCUGCUAUUUUGGGGACUUCAAGGUCUUUUGGCACAGGACUAUGAAGAAAACUAUGAAGAAGAGGUGGUGACUACAAAAAGGAAGAGCAAAGAAUUUCCAUCCAAUUCCAUACCAAAAAAUGGAAAAUCACUCAUCGAUGAAGAUUGCGGUGUGGAGAUAGCCUUUCUGAUUGACAGCUCAGAGAGCGCCAAAGACAACCAUGCCCAGGAGAAGCGCUUUGCCAUGGACGUGAUGGACCGGCUUCAGGGCCUGAGGCUGCAGACUGGCCGGGGGCUCAGCUCACGAGCCGCCCUGCUUCAGUACAGCAGCCAUGUCAUCACAGAGCAGACCUUCAAAGAGUGGAGAGGUCCUGGUGAAUUCAAAGCCAGGAUUGCUCCCAUGGUGUACAUCGGCCAUGGCACUUACACCACCUACGCCAUCACCAACCUCACACGUAUUUACUUGGAGGAGUCGCCAACCAGUAGCAUCAAGGUGGCCAUUCUGCUCUUUGACGGAAUUUCUCACCCUAGAAACCCAGACAUAUUUUCAGCUGUGGCUGAUGCUAAGAACCAGGGCAUCCGUUUCUUCACCAUAGGAAUCACACCUGAAGCCAAUGAACCUGCUAACGUCGCACAGCUACGGCUAAUUGCUAACUCCCCAGCCUCACGUUACCUUCACAACCUGCAGGACAGGAGCAUUGUGGACAAAAUCAUUAAGGAAAUAACAGUGCUGGCGGAUGAAGGGUGUCCUCUGUCCCUGAGCAAGUGUGAGUGUGACAAGGGUGAGAGGGGACCCAUUGGCCCUGCUGGCAAGAAGGGUCGUCCAGGAGAAGAUGGGAGCCCUGGGUCAAAAGGACAGAAGGGUGAGAGUGGUCUCAGUGGACUUCCUGGCCGGGAAGGAGCUGAGGGAAAAUCAGGAUACAAAGGAGAGAAGGGAGAGAGAGGGGAGUGUGGCACACCUGGAGUUAAAGGAGAUCGAGGUCCUGAAGGUACCGUUGGCCCAAGAGGAAAUCGUGGAAUUCAGGGUUUACCUGGUCCACUUGGUGAUGUCGGACCUGAAGGUGUCAUGGGUAAAAAAGGGGAAAGGGGAAAUUCUGGGCCACCUGGAAUCCAAGGGGAAACAGGGAUCGGCCUUCCGGGACCCAAGGGUGAUGUCGGUUUCCAGGGGCAACAAGGGCCUCCCGGUCCUCCCGGAGUUGGCGAGCCUGGACCUCUGGGGCCUCAAGGGCCACAGGGAGUCCAAGGAGAGAGAGGACCAUUAGGAGAAGGCCUGCCCGGACCAAAGGGAGAGCGAGGUUUGGAUGGACCACGGGGGCCGAGAGGACAGCCCGGCGCUGGAAUCAAAGGAGACAAGGGGGAUUUUGGCCCUCCGGGUCUUCCAGGGCCCCUCGGCCUCACAGGAGUCGGCAUACAGGGCGAGAAGGGAAUGGAAGGACCAAGGGGGCCACCAGGGAUCAGAGGACAACCAGGAGAGGGCUUACCUGGAUCCAAAGGGGACCAAGGUUUACCGGGUGAGGUUGGCGCUCCUGGAGAAAGAGGAGCUGGAGACUCCGGAGCUAAGGGUGAGCCCGGAUCAACGGGAAUAUCCGGUUUGCCGGGCCUGCCAGGGGAGGACGGAGCCCCUGGACAGAAGGGUGAGCCAGGAGCUGUUGGUCUGAGGGGACUGGAGGGGGCAGCUGGAAUCGGCACCCAGGGUGAAAAGGGGGACCAAGGCCAAAGAGGAAUAAGGGGCUUGAGUGGUCCUCCUGGCAUUGCUGGACCUUCAGGACCAAAGGGAGAACCAGGAGCACAAGGCAGGGGGGGUUCACCUGGACCACCUGGACGUUUUGUCGCUGGACCCAAGGGUGAUAUUGGUCCGAACGGUCCUCCUGGUCCAGUUGGGGAGACUGGCUACGGACUUCCUGGUCCAAAGGGCGACCGUGGAGAAUAUGGCCCUGCAGGUCCAUUUGGUCCCAAAGGAGACGGCUAUCCCGGCCCCGCGGGUCCUCCUGGUCUGCCUGGACUUCCAGGAGAACCCGGCCUUGAAGGAGUGGGCAUCCCCGGACCCAAGGGCGAUGUCGGUUUCAGAGGGCUGCCCGGUUUACCAGGACCUCCAGGGGAAGGCCUCCAAGGACCUCUGGGUAACCCCGGGCGUCCUGGACCUACAGGGCCACAGGGGCCACAGGGACAAGGAAUUCAGGGACCAAAGGGUGAGCAGGGGGCUCAGGGGGUGACGGGGCCCAGAGGGCUUCCUGGAGAAGGCUUUCCUGGAGCUAAAGGUGACCGUGGUUCUGCAGGGGAGAGAGGGCUGAAGGGUAUCAAAGGAGAGUUGGGAGAUUCUGGUCAAUCUGGACUUCCUGGCCGGCCUGGGGUCAAAGGUGAAGCAGGCCUCACAAGAGAGGAUAUCAUCCGAAUGAUCAAAGAGAUCUGCGGAUGCGGCAUCAAGUGUAAGGAGAGGCCGAUGGAGCUGGUGUUUGUCAUCGACAGCUCCGAGAGCGUGGGCCCCGAGAACUUUGAGAUCAUCAAGGACUUUGUGAACGCCCUGGUGGACCGGGUCACCGUGGGCCGCAACGCCACCCGCAUUGGCCUGGUGCUGUACAGCCUGGAGGUGAAGCUGGUGUUCAACUUAGCACGCUACGUCACCAAGCAGGACAUAAAGCAGGCCAUCAGGAAUAUACCGUAUAUGGGAGAAGGCACGUAUACGGGUACGGCGAUACGUAAAGCUACCCAGGAGGCAUUUUACAGCUCUCGUCUGGGGGUCAGCAAAGUGGCCAUCGUAAUCACAGACGGACAAACGGAUAAACGAGAGCCCGUGAAGCUGGAUAUAGCCGUAAGAGAGGCUCAUGCUGCAAACAUCGAGAUGUUCGCUCUGGGGAUCGUGAACACCUCCGACACGACGCAGGCCGAGUUCAUGAGGGAGCUGAAUCUGAUCGCCUCCGACCCCGACACCGAGCACAUGUUCCUCAUCGAUGACUUCAACACGCUGCCAGCUCUGGAAUCCAAGCUGGUGAGCCAAUUCUGCGAGGAUGAGAACGGAGCCCUGAUAUACAACAGGAUAACUAAUGGCUACAAUGGGAACAACGGCAACAAUGGCAACGGGAACUAUGCCGUCGGUGGCUAUGGAUACAGGCCUCUGACCGUGCAACAAGGAACAAAUGUCCAUCAAACAGGCACCAGCACUGGAGGCAGCACUCAGAGCCAGGGCGGGCGGGUGGUCACCCAGCACGGCAGCAAAGGCUCCAGCACAGCCAGAGGAGGAGGAGGAGGAGGAGGAGGAGGGCGUGUGACAACAAGCUGGGGAACGGAGCGGGGAGACACUUUUAACCGUUACGACCCAGAAAUCACUUCUUCCAUUCAGGACUCCUCCAGUACCAGAGGCUCCUCCUCAUCCUCAUCCUCAUCUUCAUCUUCAUCUACAUCUACUUCUACAAAUAUAAGCACGUCAUCCUCGGGUGUGUCUGUGCAGAAGGUGCCUGUAUCGAGGCCAGCUCUCCCCAAAGAAACUGUACCACUGGACCCUCGCUGUGGCUUAAUCCUGGACCAGGGCACGUGUCGGGACUACAACAUCCGCUGGUACUACGACAAGCAGGCCAACGCCUGUGCCCAGUUCUGGUAUGGAGGCUGCAAUGGAAACAAGAACCGCUUUGACACAGAGGAGGAGUGCAAGAGGACGUGUGUGAUCACCAGAUCCACAGGAGGCUGAGUGAAGGCAUCUGCCUUACAUCUGCUGUAGAUACUUCAAGGAGGGGCAGCUAAUACCAGCCAUUUUUCACAGGGUUAUGUCAAAUCUCUGCAUAAUUCUCAGGCAUAAACACAAACACUGAUGAUUAAUAUCACUGUUACAUUUCAGAAUCAGCAUUACACCCCCCCCCCCGUAGCA